GACUUUUUGGCGCUCUUUGGGAGCCGCGAGCAGGAGGCAGAGAACAGGCGCAGGGCGGGCACGGGCGCAGCGUUGGCACGCAGCCGCAUUCCCGCUCACUCGCCGCUCCGAGCCAGGUUUCUGAAAAGCAUUAAUACUGCCCUAGAGAGGGUGCACUUGAUUUUAAUUUUGCUUUCAAUAUGACGGCUGUCAAUGUUACCCUGGUUCGUGAUACCAAGUGGCUGACUUUAGAAGUCUGUAGAGAGUUUCAGAGAGGAGCUUGCUCUCGAGCUGAUGGAGACUGCAAGUUUGCCCAUCCGCCAAGAUUUUGCCAUGUGGAAAAUGGUCGUGUGGUAGCUUGUUUUGAUUCUUUAAAGGGUCGGUGUGCUAGAGAGAACUGCAAGUACCUUCACCCUCCUCCACACUUAAAAACGCAGCUGGAAAUUAAUGGACGGAACAAUCUGAUUCAACAAAAGACUGCUGCAGCCAUGUUUGCCCAGCAGAUGCAGUAUAUGCUCCAAAAUGCUCAAAUGUCAUCACUUACUUCCUUUCCAAUGACUCCAUCACUUGCAGCUAAUCCUGCCAUGGCUUUCAAUCCUUACUUACCUCAUCCUGGAAUGGGCCUGGUUCCUGCUGAACUUUUACCAAAUGCACCUGUUCUGAUUUCUGGAAACCCACCUCUCGCGUUGCCAGGAGCUGCUGGUCCAAAACUGAUGCGUUCAGAUAAGCUGGAGGUUUGCCGAGAGUUUCAGCGUGGAAAUUGUACCCGUGGUGAGAAUGAUUGCCGCUAUGCUCACCCUACCGAUGUUGCUAUGAUUGAGGCAAGUGAUAAUACUGUGACCAUCUGCAUGGAUUACAUCAAAGGCCGAUGCUCCCGGGAGAAAUGCAAGUACUUUCAUCCUCCUCCACACUUGCAAGCCAAACUCAAGGCAUCUCAUCACCAGAUGAACCAUUCAGCUGCCACUGCAAUGGCCCUACAGCUUGGUGCAUUUCAUCUGAUACCAAAGAGAUCAGCACUUGAAAAGGCCAAUAGGGCCACCCCGGUCUUUAAUCCCAGUGUUUUCCACUGCCAGCAGGCUCUGGCUAACCUGCAGCUCCUGCAGCAGCAGCAGCCAGCGUUUCUCCCUGGAGUUGUAAUUCUGAACAACAGAGUUAUGAAGUAUCAGAAUCCCUCCGUGAGACCUCCGUAUGGCCUUUCUAUAUAUAUUCUUGUAAGCCCUCUUCCACCAACCCAACAAUAAGUGUGGUACAGACAAUAUACUAAACAAUACAAAAAUACCAACCAACAAAUUCAAACUAAAAAUAAAGCAUCAAACAAUCAGUGGGUAUGUUAAAACAAAACAGGAAAGCAAACUAACUACCCUCUAUCUUAUUUGAAUUAUUAGGUAGAACACCACCAUAAAAUUGUGUAAUUUGUUACAUUAUUCUUUGUGAUGUUCUAAUAACUAUUAUGCUGAGUGGAUCUCCAUAGUGGAUCUUUGGCUUACUGUGCAUUCUUGGUGGAUAAAUGUUUGUCUGUUUUGAAGUGUUACCUUACUGCUUUGUUUACACAGUAGCCUAUUGGGUUGAUUUAGAAUUGUAGAAAUUAUGUCCAAAAACCAUUUUCUCCAUUAUUGUAUUGUAUUGAAUUGCAUUUGUAUUGUGGUAUAUUGUGUUAGGUUUUUACAUACUACAGUGCUUUGCUGUAAUAUGUGUGGUGUUUGAUUUCAACUAAAAUGUUAUUAAUGGGAAACAGAAAUAUGUGGGCUUGAAAAACAUAACAGGUUAAUGUUAAUAUGCUUUCUCUCUAGAAUAUUUAUGUAGGUUUCUUGGGGGAGCCAUUUAAAAGACCUCACUUUUGAAUGUUCACAAAACCUGUUCAUAAAAUGCAUGUGAACAAGUUAUACCUGCAGAUCUGUCCUUGCGUAAUACAAUCACAUUACUAGAUUUUUUUAUGAGAGAGACAUAAUCGCCUGCAAAAAAACAGGGAACUUCUUAAAACACUAACCACUAAUUUCACUCCUUAAAUAGCUUGAAAAACUAGAAAUUUAACUUCAAGUGAAUUUUUCAGCAUUCAUACUAAAAAAUACCUAAAGUGCCCAUUACAUUUCUUAGUGGCACAAGGAUCCUAUCUUCUAAGUUGAGGGUCUAAAACAGCCAUUUGUCAUCUUCAGCUGAAAAAUUGGUACUUGGAGGCUUAAAAGUAUGCUAAUUACAGGUUAUAAAUUGAACAGGAGAUGGGAGCAUGGAGAUAUUUUUUACAUAUUGGAGGAAAGUGUGUAAAAACCAUUGCAAUGUAACCUUGUACACAAGAGACAUUUUCCAAAUGCAAAUGGCUCAUGCUCUUUAGGCUACUCUUUGAAUAAUAAUAAGAUGCAAUCUAACAAAAGUCAGUUGGGGUGAAAGAGAAUUGGUCCCAAGUGAGUUCUUUCCUCCCCAAAUGGACAAUCUUUUCUGUUGAUCACAGUUGGAGCCUGAGUAUAGGUUUGGAGAAAUGGCAGGGGUGGAGAUAGGAAGACAUUUAAAAGUAUUCUUUGAUUUAUUUAAAAGUUCUAGGAAGGAUGUCCAUAGUUGUCUUUAUCUCUAGUUCAACUGAGUUUCCAGUUUUGUUAAACACUUCAGUGAAGGAGCAAGCACCUGUGAUACAUGUCAAGUGUUGCUGUUCCCAAACUUUAUUAACAGAGUCUCUCUCAUCAUAACCAAUUUGGUUUGGAUUCAUUAGUUUUUAUAUGUAUUUGAAAAUUAUAAUAAAGAGGUUUUUAAGACCCUUUGAACUGCACUCUGCAGAGCUGAGCUGAAUUCACAUUACUAAUUCUUAUGAAAUAAUUUUAUAACCAAGUAAAAUAGUAAUUCCUAUGUUAUGUGGCAUAACUCCUCCACUCUACUCAGUUAUUAAAGUUACUAUCAUUAUACAGUUGUGGACCCAUGUGAUAUUUUGCAUCAACUUAGAUUUAUUAUUUUCUACUAAAUACAUAUUGUCUCACUAGAAAGUAUAAAAUCAUCAAAUGUGUGUAUCAGGUUCGUUUACUUCAGGAAAAUGACAAAGAGAUAACCUGACUUAGGAUACCUUAAGCAGGCUAGUAGUAUUUGAAUCACAGAAAUAUCUCGACUCCCAGUCGUUCUUCUGUUUCACAUUGUUUGUAUUUCAGAACAUUUGAGACUGCAUCCCAAAGCAGAUCAAUUUAAUUCAGAAUACAAAAGAGCAAAAUUAGCUCGUUGGUAGUUGAUAACCUGUUGAUCUUAAUUAUCAAUCGAAAUCAUUAUCAUCAGUGAUUUCUACGUGGCUUUGCUUGCAUCGAGCCAUUGCCAUCUGUUAACAGUAUUGUGUGGAGUUAAAGAACAAGAAGUGCCCAGAGUUUUACCUAUUGAUUCUUUGAACCACUUAAUUGCUUUUUCCCCAAAUCUUCACAUUGUUAGAAAGGAAAGGAGAGUAUGCCUUUGUGAAAUUGCUUGUGUUUGGAACUGAGUUUUGUAUAACCUGUGCCAGUGCCUCUCCAGGAGGGCAGAUAUGAUCACAGGACUCCAGGAAAGAUGCACCAGAGCUAAUCUGGAUGUAUUCCUGAAGGAGAUAGAGAUGUUUUCAGUGCAAAAUUAACUUUUUUGGUGUAGUUUGACAUUUUGAUGCAACAUACUGUCUCAUUUAACUUUAAACUUUUGACAAAGUUGUUCAUAGACAGUAAACCUAGAGUACAGCUGUUUUCAUGUUGCUUUAAGCACUGGAAGACAUUAAUAAUGACUUAUUUUUUAGUAAGAGGUUUGGUGAGGAAUAUUCAGGGUAGUUGUAUUUCAGGUGCCACGGUUUUUGAUAUUGUUGGCAUUUUAAAAGUUGCUUUAUAAAUGGAUUCAGAGAAAGAAAAGUCAAAACACUAAGUUUUGACCUAGAUGCUAAAGAAUUUUGACAAAAAAUGCAAUUUUAAGAUAGCAUUCUUUGAACUAGUUGUGUAAUGACAUAUCUUUAUUGAAGAAAAAGAAAAGAAGAAAGGUUAGUCAUUAGACUACAGAUUAUCUUUAUUCAAGAGAAGAAGAAAAGUUAGUCAUUAGACUAUAUAAAGAGAAGUCACAAAACUAAUCAGUGACUCUAAACGAUAAUUUACCAAAUGAGUUGUAUAUAUAAAAUUUUAAUCAUUUGUGAUUCUUAGUUAACGUUUUAUUAGCUUUGUAAUUUACAAGGGCCUCUAGUUUUGCUUAUCCAAAAUUGAUGUUUCUGUUAAUUUCUUUCAGCCUUUUGCAAAAAUGUGCAAGAGUGCUGAAACUUGGAUAACAUAAGUCAUGUAUACAGAGAGACUAGUCUAAAAGUUAUCUUUUGAGAGGGUUUUAGUAGUGUCAAUUUUUUAAAAGCACUGUGACCGUAACAUAUAUUUUCAAGAGGGAUUAAGAUUAAAUUAAAAUUAAAUGGAUUCAUAAAAUUGCUAUCUCAAUACAGUAUUUACUUUUACAAUUAGAGCAUGAUUCCACAGCCAGCUGUUGCAUUUCAUUUCACUUGUCUAGAUUCUGCUUUAAUCGUGAUAUGAAAAACCAUCUUGUCCCUACUCCAUCAAACUUCCCCAUCCAUUUUUGAAUGUGCUUUAAUGUACUCUGAUCUUGCCAAACCAGUGUCCUACACCAUUGGGCUGUGUUCACUGAUGGGCACCCUCAGCUCACCAGCUCUCCAAUUUGGGGAAAGCAAGUACCUCCUCACUUCCAUCAACAGGAGCCAAUUAAAAUUAACCUUUACAGCUUGAAUCUGUUUUUAAGGCAUGACCAGUAAGCAUAGUAAUGUCUGAAUAAGGACAACACUGGCAUUACAUUUUAUUAAGCAAUAUGUAAGGAAGGCCAGUGUACUACUUGGAAUGUUAUUUGGUUCUUUCCCCUCUCCUUUGGAGACCGUAGGUGAGCAUGCUCUUAGGUAAAAUGCAGCCACAAGGUUUCUGAGUUAUUUUCAUUUGUAGGAUAGGCUGUUAGGCACAGAAUGAUUAGAAACUGGAACCCUCUUUCUUUAAACCUCUUCUACAUUAAAUACACAUUGAAAUAGAAAUAGGGAAAUAUGAUUUCCCAAUUCUGUUGAAUAGAUUUAGAAAGAUAGUGGCCUAAUUUUAAUUUUGCCAGUGCCUGAGGAAGGCAAUAGAAUGAAUAGUAUGUAAAAGAGUAUAACUUUUUUUGCAAAUUUAGUUGAUAGUCUAAUCAAACUGUAAAUAUAAUUACAAAUUAAGUUUCUCAGCACCAACAUUGGUGCCAUGUUUCCAUUUUUCUUGUUAGUUUUUAAGUUUCUGAUUUUAUUAUGUUUUAUAUCUCUAAGUAACUAAUGAAUAUACUUUUGAAGGAGAUUUAGAGAAAGUUUAAGAUUUUACUACAUGUAUUCAACCUGCCUAGAUAGGUUCUAAACUGACACUGAAGCAUAACAAGAGAUAGAUUAUAAUCCAUAACUAUUCUUUACAGUUCACAGUUUAAGAACAAGCUUAACUUUAAAUACAAAUAAUACUUUUAACUAAUUAUAUUUAGUGGUUGCUUUAGCAACAAACUACAACAUGGCUACCUUAAGACACCUUUUUUGGUGAAAAUUUUACUUGUAAACUAUACAUGGUUUUUGACAGUAUGAGCAAAUAGAAGAUACAUCUCAAAUCUCAGAAAAACAGACAUGGUUGAUUUUCUUUUUUAAGCCCAAAUUCCCAUGUGAAAGCUGAAUUUGUGUCCUUGUGUGACUUUUUCAUCAAAAAGUUUACAACACGUGGAUUCUAGAAUCAGUCUUUAAAGUUUAUAGACUUUGUUGUAAGGAUAGGGUUGUUCCACAGUACUUAGACUUCAAAACACAACGGCUACGUUUGGAAUACAUUACCUGACCUGUUUUCAUAACUUCAUUUAUUCAAAAUUAUUCAAGUGGCAUAGCUGUUAGAUACAAAAAUUCUUCUUUCUGGAGUCACAUACUUACACAAAUAUAUCCAAAUGAGGAUUAAAGAAUGAUAAAAGCAUGUUAUGAAAUCCAUUCCAUUGCGAAACCAUGCAUCAAGAUACUGUGGAAUGACCCCUUAACAGUGUUUGAGAGCCAUAUUGCUGCAGUUAACUGAUUGUCUCAGUUAGGGUGCGAAUGUGUGAGACACACCUUUUUUGCACUUAUGUACAUAGUCCAUGAAAGCAAUCCUUGGAGCUUUUUUUUUAAUAAUAUAAGAAGUCUGUGAUAAUAGUGGAAAAAUUAGUAGGAGAGAGUUAUUUCUGUGGCUUUGAGAUGGAGGGUUUUUUUUUUUUUUGCUAUAAGACUUAACUAAGGCAUGAUGUUGCUUUGCUGUCAUGGAGGCUGUGUAGUUUGCUAUAGCUGACUAAAAAGAGUAGACUGGUAACAGGUUCAGCUAACAGCACUGAGCAAAAGUAAAAGUAUUUCAUGUUUUAGCAAGAUCACUAGCAGGGAUUGUUUGCUUUUUAAAUGAAUCCUCACUAUAAACACACACACACAUGGUUGCAAGCAGUGAAAUAUUCUGUAAAUUCCAAGAUGGAUAUUCAAAUUAGAUUGCAUCUUUCACAGAAAAUUAUCAAUUGAUGUAUAUCAGUUACAUAAAUUAAUAUCUAUUUAAAUAACAACCAAAUUGUUCAUGUUUACCACUAUUUCCCCUUUAAAAUCUAGAACCCAAAACCAAAUUGGCAAUCAUUGAAAGAUUUAACUUAACCAUUAAGUAUGGCCGGCAUGGGGCAUUUCUUUCCCUUCAAUGCUCCUGGUACCACAUUAUAUAUAAAUGCCUUUAUUUACCUUGUACCUGUUCAGUGGAAGCUUUUCUGAUUUACCUUUACCAGAUUAGAAACUGCUUCAUUGUGCUACUUCAGCCUCCCACUGUUCUAACUAAGCAGAAGAGAAUCAGCCCAAAUCUUACAGACUUCAGAGCUGGAAAAGAAUGUUUCAAUCAGACCAUCUCUGCCAAUUUCAACUCUCAUACCACCUACAGAUCACCAUUUAACUUCUUGUUGCCUCCAGGCAAAAUGAUGCCUAGGAAAGGUCAAGGUUAGAAAGGUUUAAGGAUAGAUCACCACAGGUACUUUGAGUCUGCACCUUGGGACCUGUAGCUCUUGCCCUGAAGGAGCGGUCCUGGGAUUGAGGGAGUUGUUAUUAGUAUUGCUACCCAUUUUGAUAGUUCUCACUUACAGAGACAGGAAAAUAAGCCAAAGCUGGAAAGCAAUCCAAGCCUUACGGUUGUCCAAUAGCUCAGGGCCAGUUGGUUAGAAAUAUUUUUCCCCCUUUCAGCCCAUAUCACUUAGAGUCAACCAUACAACUAACAGCCUGACCAUCUGACCAGCAUUUUCAUCGACAUAAAAUGUAAGCAUUCAUUCAUUCUGUAUUUAAGAACUCCAACCUUAUCACCAACGUAUUUUCCCAACUUAACUCAUGUUCUUGUGUUGACAUUUCCUUGUGAAUAUAUAAGCCACAAGAAUAUAUUUUCACAAGGUCUAUAAAAUAGUAAGAAUGAACCUAGAAGCAUCACAAAAGGUUCAAUUAAUUGAUCACAUGUUGUGCCUGUUAACAGCCACUGGGUCACACUCUUUGGAGCUUAAACAUAGUGGCUGGGUUUAAAUAAGCAAAAUUAGAGAAUGAAAUAUAACAGAAUGUGAAUAACUUGAGGCCAAAAGAGGACCUCUGUUAUUAAACUCAGGAAAAGAUUUAGUUGACUAAUUCAUUACAGUUUCCAGCCUCUACACUUGUCUUUUCCUGAAAGAGAACUACCCACUUAAUACUAUAUUCCGAAACAGGAUUAUUCCAGAGAAAUCUUAUCUUUAAGUAGAACCCAUCCUCAAUUAUAGUACUAUACCUAAAAGGAAAAAAAAUGUAUCACUAUGAAAUAAGUUGCAGAUAUUGCAAAAAUCCUCACUAGUCGUCUCCUAUAUCAUAUUACUUUAAUAAAAUAAAAUACCUCUGUAACAAGACCUAAAAGUAACCCAGCUUUAAGCAGUGCUCUAUUUUCCCCCAAAGCACACAGCCUAAAUAUUUAUCUUCAUAGAACUACAUGGUUCCAAAGCUUUAUUUCUGUAUACAGAUGCUGUUUGUUAAUGAUGAAAACCAAUUUUGUUUUGCUGUCUAGCAGUUGAGAGAAUGAUAUAACCAUCAUAUCAUUGGAUUCUGGGGUUGCCCAUUUCAAAAUAAAUUGCCUUUUGUUGCUGCUUUAAUUAUUAGAAAAUGAACCAUUUGUUGUCAUGUCCUCAAAUUAUAAUAAUUUAAAAUAAGAUUUUUUUAAAAGACGUUCUUAAAUGUACUUUUUAAAAGGUCUAACUCUGAAUUUAUAUAACAACAAUCUGGUAUAAUGUAGAAAAUGGAAACAAGCAUUUGGGUAUAAAAUAUCAAUUUUAAAAUACCUAUAGAUAAGAAAAUGAUUAGCCCUGUGCAACAAUUAUAGAUUUGGACUACAAAAUUUCAUAAAUAUAAACGUCUCUUAAUAUUUUGCCUCCAGAAUGCAGUAGCUCAUGUCCUUACUGCUAUCAAUAGGGAAGAUGCUUUGAUUUUUGUUUUUUUUCCAAGUUAUAGUGCUGUACUGCUUGUUUGUGCUUGUAUGCAUUGUACAACUCAUUUUAUAAUGCUUUUUCUAUGCUGUUUGUUUUUUGUUCUUUUAAUAAAAUGUUAAAUUUC